UCCUCCGCCGUCCAUCCAUCCGUUCACCGGUCUACCACCGUGUGUGUGUGUGUGUGUGAGAGAGAGAGAGAGUGUGUGUGUCAGAGUGUGAACUGAAGCGUCAUUCUCCUCCUUUCUUCCUUUCAGGGAACGCGCAUCACUUGUGAAAAACGGCGCUUUGGAAGACGCAGAAGUUUCCUCGUCUGGCCGAACGGCUCAACUCGUUUUACUUUGCCCUCCCGCGAUUUCGUCCCCGGUUUCAUCGAGUCCACAUCUUCACUUUCUCUUUUUAUCUGACUCGAGGAUUCAGUCAGGGUGUACUGGCUAACACUGGGCGUAGCUGGAGAGGAUUUUGCUAGCUCGCCGCUGCACUGACUGACUAGGUCUUGCUGUUUUCAGAAAGCCUCCCGACCUGUUGCCAUCCUCUUCAGCCCUGCCCUGCAGAGACGGACUACCAUUGAAGGGGAGAUGAAGCCGGAUGGGGUUGCCACGGCAGCAAUGGAGCCAAUGGAAACAUUGGAAUCCAAUCCACCGAAUGAAGCUGCAGGACAGGAACCCAACCAGGCAGCCAGUUCAGUGGAGGGGGAGAUGUCACAGCAGCCCGUAGGAGAGACAGGCCCAGUGGAGGCCCAGCCACAAGAGGCCAAGGGAACUCCAGCUGCCAAAACAGGCAACAAGACCUCAGGAGACUCCAAAGCCAAGACAACCAACAAGACUGCAGCCAAGACAAAACCUGGCACAGCUCCGACCAAGACGACAACUGGCUCAAGGUCCAACACAUCCCAGGCUCGUCCAUCAAACGGUGUGUCCAAGCCCCAGACCAACGGAGUGGCCAAGAAGACCACACCUGCUUCAGACAAAAAGACCACUCCAACCACAGCCAAAAAACCAACAGGUACAACCGGAACCCCAGCAUCAAAGAGCAUCACAAAAGCGGCUGAGAAGAAAACCGCAGCAGCUUCACUGGCCACCAACGGUGCAAAGUCAACAACUGGAACGACCAAGAAAACGCCAUCCGGCACUGCCAAUGGUGUUAAAACAAGUGCAACUGCAGCUGCUGCAAAGAAGCCCCUAGCUUCCAAACCUGCCUCUGCCACACCCAGCAAGCCAAGCUCCACUGCUUCACCCAAACCUGAUAAGGCCCCUGUUUCCAAGACAACUAGCAGGACUGCACCUGCAGGAGCAACUCGACCAGCUUCAGGCUCUACCAGACCCUCUAAUUCCAACGCAGCCAAAAGUUCCCCAGCAGCUUCCAAACCUCCAACCCCAAAAACCUCCACCACUAGUACAAAGCCGGCUGCCUCCAAACCAACCUCCACUACCCCCUCUGGUGGCAAACCUCCAGCAUCACAGACAUCCAAAAACACCACCCCUUUGAAAAAAGAUGUUACCAAACCAGGAACCCCAGCAGCCAAAAAGUCUGCAGAAUCUCCCCGCCCUGCCUCCACAGCAAGUCUGUAAAACCUGAGACCCCCAAAUCAACUUCAAAUCAGAUGUCGCCUCCAAAAAGCCUACACCUAGUAAGGUUACAGAUACAAAGACAUCCCAAACCAUCCAAACCACAAGAAAGUAGGCCCACUGCUUCCAAGACCCCUGCCUC